GGCGGAAGCAAGGGUGCGGCGCAAUCCGGAGGAAACGGACGAACUGCGUAUGAGUUCCCUUUUAGUCUCUGAUCCUUCCUUUUUCUAGCUUGGGGCGAAGGCGGAGCCGGUUCUCCAGAAUGUCCGCCCUCAGGGUGUGUACGGUAUGGAGUUGGCGUUGGACCCGGAUGACCAGGACCUGCUGGGCUUCCUGCUGGAGGAAAGCGGAGAGUUAGGGGCGGUGCCCAAAGAGGCCAUGGAGGCUCCAAUGAGCUGGGAGUUACCGCUUUCCCAGGCACUGAGCGAUUGGGACAUAGAGGAUUUCCUGAGCUCUCUGCAGAGUCCCCCAGCAUCGUUGAGCGUUCUCAGCAACUCGAACCCCUGUCUUGUCCACCAUGAUCACACCUAUUCUCUCCCACAGGAACAUGUUUCCAUAGAUCUAGAUAGUGAGAGCUAUGGAAAAGAGGGGGCCCUGAUUCCCUUGCAUGUGGAGGAGCCGUCAGAGCAGGAGAUGGUUAGGCUGAUACUGACAGAUGAGGAGAAGAGGCUAUUGGAGCAGGAGGGGAUUACUCUGCCUGGGACUUUUCCUCUCACUAAGAUGGAGGAACAAGUUCUAAAACGAGUGCGGAGGAAGAUUCGAAAUAAAAAGUCUGCCCAAGAGAGCCGCAGGAAGAAGAAGGUGUAUGUGGGAAGUUUAGAAAGCAGGGUCUUAAAAUACACAGCCCAGAAUCUGGAGCUACAGAACAAAGUACAGCUCCUGGAGGAACAGAAUCUGUCUCUCCUGGAUCAGUUGAGGAGGCUCCAGGCCAUGGUGGUUCAGAUAGCAAACAAAACCAGCAGCAGCAGCACCUGUGUCUUGGUCCUGCUGUUCUCCUUCUGUCUCCUCCUUGUACCCGCUAUGUACUCCUCUGACACAAGGGGGCGCCUGCCAGCUGAGCAUGGAGUGUUAUCCCGCCAGCUUCGUGGCCUCAGUGAAGACCCUCACCAGCUGGAACUGCCUGCCUUGCAGCCAGAGGUACCAAAGGACAGCUCAGACCGAGAGCUCCAGGCUCCUGGCAAUUCUUGCCUGUUCUACCACAUGCCUCAGGCUCUUGGUACAGAGCCUCCCAUGAAGUUGCCACUCCCUGACCCCUUCUCAAAGUCCCCCCGCCCAGAUCCCAUCCUUUCCCUGCAUGCAAAUCUCACAAGAGAGGGAGAAUGGGUACCUGCUCACAGCUCCAUAUGUGUUAUCUUACAAGGCAGACACUUAGGCUAGAUGUGAGGCUUGGGGCCUCCAGUCUGUGUCAGAUUAAAAGGAAUGGGGGAAGGCUAGUCUCAGCUCCUGUGCCCUGUCAGGAAACCUGAGGGCUCAAACACACCACUUUUACUGGCUUUCUGGGCCUUUUAUUUGUACCCGUGUAUGUCCAUCACCCCAUGAAUGGGCCUGGGGGAAUCAGCUGACCUUUUUGAACAUUUCAUGCAAUAAGGGGGUGGGGUGAGGAAAGAAAUAAAUAAGUGAUUGUGAUGUUUA